UUUCUCACGAACAAAAACUGUUUCUACGAUGAUUCAUCGUCCACAUUCCACGUUCAAAACGGUUUCAACCUCCUUCUACCUCUAUCUUCUUUUUUCUUCCUCUUUUUCUUCUUCGCUCUGCCUCUUCUUCUUCCAUCUUCCUCUAUUUCUUAUUAAAAUCAAAUCGAAACAAGGGAUAAUAUGCGACAUCGAUUUAUGAGGUUUCAUUUUUUUCUCAGCAAUCUCUCAGCAAAUUGGAGUAAAACAAGAGUCACAAUUUUGCAAGAGUCAACCCUGUUUUGAUUUGUUAAGAAUAAUUAAAGAUGGUGGAGAAGUUCCUGACGGUGCCACCAUUUGAGUGUGCCUGGGGAGAGAAUUUAAAAUUCCAGGAAGCAGCUAGGGGAUGUGUCGCUUUCGAUGCAUUUGCCUGCAACAAUGUCACAUUGGUUUUCAGGGAGAAUAUGGAAAGCCAAAGAUACCACUACAAAAGAGAUAGAGUCCUCAUUACACAAUCAUAUUGAGGAGUCAUAGGAAUCGACCUCUCCGAGUUGAGGUAAACCGUAAAACUGUUGUUGAUGAGGCAGGUGUUGGUCUAUUGUUCCAACUCAUUUCAGAGUUAUUGGAUCAGUAUCUACAAUGGUUUCAUCAGCACUUCUGAAUCUCUUUAUUAUCUUCAAAUUGUAUAUUCUGAUUUUCAUCUGCGUUAGAUUUCUCCAUGUAUUUCUGUUACAAUUUAGUUUAUCUUAAUUUGGUUCACGAAUUACUGGAUCCAAAUUGGAUGCCGCUAGAUCAUGCGAUUAUGAAUCUAUAUAUCUCUAUGUUGGAUGAUGAUCGAUUUUCCUAAUUUUGGUUGUUCUAUCAUGCAAUUCCGUCAUAUUCAUUUCCAUUUUGUGUAAUUACAAUAGAUCAUGUUACGAUUCUGUGCCGUUUGUAUAUAUUCUGUUAUUAUUUUUAAUUUUUAUUUUUGUUUUGAAUUUGAUUUGUCGAGAUUGAAAUGAGAUCUAAGUAAGUAGAGUUGAUUGUGAUGAUGAUGAUGAUGAUGAUGAUGAUGUUUAUGUUGAUUCAAAAUACUUGAAAAUGAGAUUGUCUUCCCCGAAGCUGUUCAGCCAACUAUUUGCCAAGAAAGAGAUGUGUAUACUUAUGGUAGCUCUCGAUGCGGCUGGUAAGACCACCAUUCUUUACAAGCUCAAGCUUGGAGAGAUCGUCACCACCAUUCCUACUAUCGGGUUCAAUGUGGAGACAGUGGAGUAUAAGAAAAUCACCUACACUGUAUGGGAUGUCGGAGGUCAAGACAAGACCCGUCCUCUGUAGAGACAUUACCUCUAAAAUACACAAGGCCUUAUUUGUGUGGUUGACAGCAACGACAGCGAUCGUGUUGUUGAAGCUUGAGAUGAACUGCAUAGGAUGUUGAAUGAGGACGCUGCUUAACAAUUUAGGUGUAGACAAAGUUGCUAACCAAGAUACUGCUGUUGCUGCUAAGAUAUAUUUUGAACUUUCUUUCUAUGAAAGUACGUAUUAGCUAUGUUGUAGAGUGACACAUCAUAACUAUUAUUAUUUUGUCGACAGACAGUUGCCAUAAAUCGUGUAAGGCACGCUGAAGCUAUUGCAAGUUCCUGAGCUGCAGAAAUAUAUGGCCUAGACAUACUUGCUGAAGGCAUUCAGGGAGUUGGUCAAACAUUUUUAGUUUGAGUCUUGGACCUGGUUGUGGGGUAUAAAGCAUGCUUCUAUCUGCAACAUGAAAUGCUAAUUUUUAAGGUAAAAUUGUUACUCAUUUAUUUGCAAUGAGAUUGAAUUUGAAUCAUGUGCAACUUGUAUAUGUUUGAUUUUUCAGUUGCAGGAUAGUGCAUGAAACAAUAUUUUUUAGAUAUGCUUAUCAGUUUGAAUGAAUUCAAUUUAGUGCAGUGUUAGUUAAUGUUUUCACAAUGUAUAUUUGAGCCCUUUGUUUUCUUCUCCCUUGAUUUUAAUUCUGCAAUGACCUAAGAAAUUAUGACUGAUUUUUCUGCGGUUAGCAACUUUUCUGCUACAAUCAGUUAGAAAUUAUGAGCAAUUUUUCAUGGAUUAAUGCAAUAUCAAUCAUUUUUCAGUGUUGUAGUGUUGGUUUACUAUUUGUGUUGUUCUGCUUCAUAAAAGUUUAAUCAUUUUUUUAAGGUUUAUGCCUAUCUGCAGCUAUGCCAGCAAUCACUAAAAGAUAGCUUUUGAUCAGAUUGAUAUUCAUGUAGCACAAAAUGCGAGAUUGAUAAUUAUUUCUUCCUAGAAUUAGAUAUUUUAAUAUUCACUAAAUAGCGUUGUAUUAAAAAAAAAUGGAGUGUGCAUUUGUCAAAAUAAAAUAAAGAGAAUUAUUGACUGAUUAUGUGGCUGACAUUAAGCCAUGAUAUCUCUUAUUAGUACAUUCUUUGCUCAUAUUUUUUUAUUCAAAUUGAUUAAUAUUUUCACUAGAAUAAUUGCCGUAAAUUUUAGAUGUUUAAUUUUAUUUAAAUUUGGUUUUGUUUUAAUUUAAUAAUUUUAUCAAUCAUCUUUUAUAUUUAUAUAUAACUAAAAAUGAAUAGGUCACUUGAAAACCAUCAUAAAACAAUGUCAAAUGUAUUGAUUAGGAUCAAAAUAUAUUGAAAUUAUGUCUAUUUUAACAUUGUAAUUGAUCGUACCUGAUCAGAAGAAUCGUCGUAGGCUGCUCGGACUGGAUCUUCUAGGAAGGAGAAGGGGGGGGGGGGUGUACCUGCAAGGUACUCCAAUGCCAAAGUAAGUUGACGAGCAAAGGAGCGCAAGUACUAGCUAAGAGUGAGUAAGAAUUGAAUACCUGACCCUCUAAUCAAAGAGGGUAUAUAUAGCCCCCAGCGCUGGGCCAUGAUCUCGCUAUUGGGUUGGAUCCCCAAGCCCAACUAGGAGACUGCCAGGUUUCCUGAGCGGAAAUAUCGGAGGUGCGUGUAUGCCCUCUGUCCUGGUUAACCGCUCCGAAGUUCCAGGGAGACGCGGUCUUUCAGGAGCCACGUGGAAUCCGAGUUGUUCGGAGGGUUGAAUGUGAAGGAACCCUGCGCAGAGCAGAGUCCUCGGCAACGAAGGUGUUUGCGGGGUCGUCAGUGCCGAGCAUGUCGGGUGUCAUAUGCUCCGGGGAUAUAGGGCAACCGAGCAUGUCUAAGGUGAGCAUCCUAAGUGCGUAGGAGGGCCGUAGAGGAACGUGGGCCUCUGAGGUUUAUUGGGCCGAAAAUCAUAGUGGGCCUAACCUUGGCCCAGUCCAGAACAGGAGCCCCCCAAGUCGGAGUUUUCUGGUCAAGAAGCUGUGACUUUACCUGAUGCUCGGGCCGGGGAGAUGCUCGAUGAGAUGACUCCUCGUCAACCAGAUGUGCUCGGAGGAACAGCCUGUGGAGGGACGAAACGUCGCGCGUGGGUGACACGCGCUGACGUGGCAUAGGUAAUAAUGGCCUAGGGUCUAGGAGGCGGCGCUUGUCAGGAGAGGCGACGCUUCGCCUUCCGAGUCCUUUCCCUAUAAAAGGGGGCGAAUCCUCUCAUUUGGAAGUUUCCCUCUCUCUGUUUACCUGCUCGGCAUCAGACAGGCUCUCCUCGGAAGAUACUCUUCCAGAUUAUUCAGCAUACUAUUCGUCUGCCGAGAAGCUCAUCCGGUCAUCGUCAUCAUGUCUUUAAGUAAGUUCGCUUCUCUCUUCGUUGCUUUAUUCAUUUCCUUAAGAUUUGUGCGCUUCGUCCCCGUGGUCGUCGUCGUAAACGUAGGCUGGAUCCGACGAGAGGUUGUUGCUUCCUCCCUGGGUUAUCCAGGCGAUGCCCGGGGGUUAGUGUGGGUCGGUGGACCGGAUGACGUCGGCGUCGGACCGUUGUGCCUGUUUAGACAUUUCGCGAGUCCCCGGCUGACGGGCGUCUUUCCUCGUUGGGGGUUUAGCCGGGGGCUCCGCCGCUCCUGCUCUACCCUUUCGCUUGCAUUGCGGUGGAAGGGUGGAUUUGAUGAACUGUCGAAUUCACUUUCUCCCUUCUGCGUGCAGGUGGAUCUGAUUCGAGCGCCAGCUCGAAGUCCAGCUCGGAAUCUGACUCAUGGAGUAGCGAGUCGGACGGCUCGACGGCCACUAGCUUCGAUGUUGAGAUCAUCGAGGAUCAAAACGCGCCCUCUCUGGUCGACAAUGACCAUGCUGGUUCUCCGGGUUCCGACGCGGAGGGAGGGGUCUCCCCGAUGCCCUUGUUUAGUUACGAAUGCACGGUUACGUCCGACUGGAUAGCCGAGGAAGCCUUAACGGUCACUUCCCGAUACACUGAGUCUCUAGACGGGGCCUUCACAGAAAUCGAGGUUUUGAGAGAGGGUGAAGCGCCGAAUUACCAAGUGAUGUGCCCGUCUCCGGACGAGCGCAUAUGCUCUCGGUUCAACGGGGAUGGCUUCGCGAUGUAUGAAUAUGUGUUCAAGGAGCUCGGCUUCCGAAUGCCCUUCUCUGACUUUCAGAAAUCGAUGAUGGCGUUUCUAAACUUGGCGCCGUCCCAAUUGCAUCCCAAUGCUUUUGCUUUUAUGCGAGCAUUCGAGAUCGUCUGUAAUUAUUUGGGUAUUGGUGCCACGACCGCAUUGUUUGGCCGGUGUUUUCGCGUCCAAAGGCAGGCGGCAGACGGGCGAUAUGGCUGGGUUUCGUUCAAAAAUGCCGAGCGGAAGCUCUUCGGGAUGUACACUGACUCUGUGAAGGGUUUCAAGGAUCGAUACUUUGUUGUUCGUCCGCUCAGCCCAACGGCUUACUACGAUGUGUCGGAUUCCGUGGUCCUUCGUGACGCCGACGGGGAGCUAGUGAGGGGUGAGGACGGGCAGGUAGCAAGGGAAUUCUGCACAAGGUUCCCGUUUUUCUGGUGGAAAGGUCACUUUUCGUCUCCCCCUAAGCAUUACGUUUGGGAAGAUGGGGACCUGGACGAGCAGGACGCAGAGUCUUACUCGGUCCUAUGCAAAUACGUAGAUAGCUUCACUAUGUCCCGGUGGGUGACGAGGAAUGGGAAUCCCGUGUUGGACGAGAAUGGUGUGCCGGUUGUGGAGCAGCGGCCUAUUAAUACCAGGGCUCUGUUAUCUUGUCGGACUCCCGAGGAGACCCGGUCGUUGUUAGGUCGUGUUCGUUCGCCCUGCUUUUCCUCUUCUGUCCUGUGUUUUCGCUAACUCCUUUUAUUUUUUCUUUGCAGAUGCUAUGCCGGAGAAGGAGGACCCAGUCCUGAAGAUGGCUCUGGAUGCAAGGGGGAAUCAGAAGAAGAAGAAUCGGGGAACUGGUGCUGCAGAGAACUUGGCCUCCGCAGGUUCUCCUCGGAUGAAGGAGGACGAGAGGGCGUCCAAGAGGUCUCGUGCUACCGAGGGUGGACGCCAUGAGCCGUCGAGCUUAGGUCCCGAGCGUGGCUUUAUAUUGCCUCCUUGCUACAAGGAUGGAGGUUAUUUUGAGAAGUUUCCCCUGGUUACCUCUCCGGAUGAAGCUCGUCGGAUCGGUGAGAUGGACCCUCCGUCCCUUCAGAAACAGCUGGCGUGCGACGGUGCAGCCGUGAUGAGGGUUUUGGGGAUGGCCCAAAUGUUAGCCAAUGGUGGCUCGGGCUCGUCCGAGGCCCUGAAGGAGGCGAAGGCGGCAAUGAAGACUGCCGAGGACAGGGUGAAGACCCUGGAGACUGAUCGCAAGGAGUUGAAGAGAAAGAUCGAUGCGGUUCUCAAGAAGAAGGACGGGGAGAUUGCGGCGGAGAAGAAAAAGCUUGCCGACCUUCAGCUUGAGUGGGCUCCCUCGGCUGACGAGUCGUCGGAUGUGGCCGCUCUGCGGACUAGGGCAGAAUUCGUGGAGAAGAUAGAUAGCCUGAAGAUAAGCUUGGCCGACAUGGCUGAAGUCGGUUUCGAGCGUGCUGUUCGUCAACUUAGGCUUCUAAACCCUGGUUUGAAGGAGGAUAAUGUCGGGCUUUCUUCGAAGAUUGUGGACGGCGCGUUGGUGCCCGAGUCUCCGGAGAGUGAAGAGUAGGUAGUGGUCCUAGGCCUGCGUGCCUUUCUUCUUCGGCCUGCGUGCCAUUUUAUCUUUUGUUGGGUAAUGCCCGGAUUACUUUGGGGGCCUGCGUGCCCGGCAUUUUGAUUGUAACUUUUGGACAUCGUCGACCACGUUGGUCGGCAAUAUUAAUGUUUUAUAAUUUUGCUUGCUUAUAUCUGUUUAUCUGCACCUUCAGUGUUAUCGUUGUAUGCUCGUGUUUUGAUAACUUUCCUGUUGUGCUCGUAUGACGAGGUAUAUCCUCCAUACUUAGAAUAUGUUUCGAUUGUUUUAGGUAACUGAUGACUUAUGCUCGGAUACGCCGGAGAGUUACUUAUAUAUUUGUGAUAUUAUCGGUUUUGUGGACUAUGCUCGGCCUAGAUUGAUUGCCCGGGCGUGUUGAGUACGGCCCGGGUGCGCAGAGCAGGUGUGCGCUGUUAGCGAGUACGAGUCCAUGAUCAUGGCCAAGUCCUCGCGGCGUGAACGGUCCCAUCGCGAGCUGGGGUUCUGCCAUGCAGGUACUUCCACGGAGGGUCUAGGUGUAGAGUCUUCCGUGUGGUCGGUUCUCCCAUUUUGUGGUAGUGUCCGACCGUUGCUGUCGUGGAGUUCUCGCGUUCGUACCUUCGACGCGGGUCCAUACCCGGUUAGCACCCGUGUUGGAUACAGGCGUCCGGGGGUGUUAGGUCGGGUCUAACUGUAGUAACGUAUGAGUUUUUCAGCGUUCCAGGGUCGAGCAAGUUUUUCGCCGAGGAGAUUCUCGAGGUAGUAGGCGCCAUUCUCGGUUUUGUCAUAAACUCGGUAUGGGCCUUCCCAGUUCGGGGCUAGUUUUCCCUCGCGCGAGUCUUUCAUGUUUCUGCGGAGCACUAGGGUGCCGAUUUCAAAUUCGCGCUUUAUAACUUUGGCGUUAUGGCGAAGAGCUAUUUGCUGUUUUAGUUUAGCUUCUCGGAGGGAGGAUCCUACUCGGAUCUCCUCUACCAUAUCGAGCUCUUCCCUCAUGGCCUCGUUGUUAAGUUCUUCCUCGAGGGGGAAUUCGGUGCGCCGAGAAGGUUCUCGGAUUUCCACGGGGAUUACGGCAUCGGUGCCGUAAGUUAAUCUGAAAGGAGUCUCGCCCGUGCUCGAAUGGGGCGUCGUCCUAUACGCCCAAAGUACACUAUGUAGUUCCUCGGUCCAAGCUUUUUUAGCUUCGCCGAGCCUCCUUUUCAGUCCUCGGAGGAUGACUCGGUUGGCUGCCUCCGCCUGCCCGUUCGUUUGAGGGUGUUCGACUGAGGUGAAGUGCUGUUUUGUGCCGAGCUUGGCCACGAAUUCUUGGAACUUUCUGUCGGUGAAUUGGGUGCCAUUGUCGGUUUUUAUAGCCUGUGGCACCCCGAACCGAGCGAGUAUGUUUCGUUUGUAGAAGCGUAGCACGUUUUGAGACGUGAUCUUGGCGAGAGGUUCGGCCUCUAUCCAUUUCGUGAAGUAAUCCACGGCGACCACCAGGUACUUAUUCUGGUAUGAUCCGACUGGGAAAGGGCCGAGGAGGUCCAUUCCCCAGGUGGAGAAAGGCCAAGGAGAGGAGAGGGAUUUAAGCUCGUUGGGGGGAGCCAGGUGCAUGUCGGCAUGCCGCUGACAUCUGUCGCAUUUCUGAACAUGCUCUUUGGCGUCUUGCUGCAUAGUCGGCCAAUAAUAGCCGGCUCUGAGGGCUUUCCUCGCCAGCGACCGACCGCCGAGAUGCUGGCUGUUAAUCCCCUCGUGAAGCUCUUGCAGUACUUCCAGUGCUUGCGAGCCGUCGAUGCAUUUAAGGAGGGGGGCGGAGAAGCCUCGUCGGUAGAGUUUAUUUUCGAUGACUGUGUACGAGCAGGCUCUCCUCUUAAUGGCUGAGGCUUCCUUCGGGUCGUCGGGGAGCUCGUCGUUCGUGAUGUAUUUGUACACCGGGGUCAUCCAGCACUGGUCGUCUCCGAUGGCAAACACUUGUAUGGCUUGCGUGUUUUUGCCUAUGCUUGGAUCGGACAAGAUUUCUUGUAUCACUGACUUGUUCCCUCCCUUCUUUCUCGUGCUCGCAAGCUUGGACAAAAGGUCGGCCCGCGAGUUGUGUUCCCGAGGGAUGUGUGCGACGUCUGCCUUUGUGAAUCCUUUCAUCUUUUCUUUGACGAGCGAUAGAUACUCGGCUAGUGUGUCGUUUUUGGCCUGGUAAUCGCCGCUAACUUGGGACGCGACCAGUUGAGAGUCGGUAUAAAUCAUGACUUCCCGAGCGCCCACGUCCUCGGCGAGGCGUAGGCCCGCUAGGAGGGCUUCGUACUCGGCCUGGUUGUUCGAUGUGGUGAAGGAUAGGACUAAGGAUACUUCGAUGACGAGCCCCUCGUCGUUCUCCAAGAUGAUAUCGGCCCCGCUGCCCGCGUGGCUUGAGGCGCCAUCAACAUAGAUGGUCCACUUAUUCUCGGUGGGUGUUGGGGAGUUGGAGAUCGUCGUCAUCUCGGCCACGAAGUCGGCGAGUGCUUGGGCUUUUAACGCUUUCCUGCCCUCGUAUUGUAUGUCGAACUCGGACAGUUCGAGGGACCACCUCAGCAUUCUCCCGGCCAUGUCUGGUCGGCUGAGAAGCUGUUUGAUCGGUUGGUCUGUCCGGACGACAAUAGUGUGGGCGAGGAAGUAGUACCUCAGUCUUCUGGCGGCCGUUAUUAGGGCCAGCGCGAUUUUUUCUAUCUGUUGAUAGCGGACCUCGGGCCCUUGAAGGGCUUUGCUAGUGAAGUACACCGGCUUCUGUCCGUCUUCCGUUUCUCGGAUCAGGGCCGCGCUGGCCGCCUCGCCUGAAACGGCCAAGUAGAGAUAGAGAACCUCGUUGCUGUCUGGUCGGGAUAGCACCGGGGGUUUGGAUAGCACUUGUUUGAGGUGGGAUAAUGCUCGUUCGCAUUCCUCGGACCACUCGAAAGCUGCUUCCUUCCGAAGAAGCUUAAAGAAUGGAAGUGCAUGCUGGGCGGAUUUCGCGACGAAGCGGGAUAAUGCCGUGAGCAUUCCGUUUAGUACUUGGAUGAAUUUUUUAUUGGUGGGGGUAGGGAGGUCUGAGAAUGCUCGGCACUUAUCAGGGUUGGCUUCUAUUCCUCGUUCUGUUAAGUAGAAGCCGAGGAAUUUGCCUGCGCGUACUCCGAAGGUACACUUCUCCGGAUUGAAGCGCAUCCUGCAGGACCUGGCCUGCUUGAAGACCCGCUCGAGAUGUAGCGUGUGGUCGGAGUCUUCUCGAGAUUUGACGAUCAUGUCGUCCAUAUAUACCUCGAGCGUGUCGCCGAUUUCUCCUCGGAAGACCUUGUUCAUCAUCCGCUGGUAAGUUGCCCCGGCGUUUUUGAGUCCGAAGGGCAUUACGUUGUAGUAAUAAUUGCCCGAUUCGGUCAUGAAAGCCGUGCAUUGCUUGUCGCAUUUCGCCAUGGGAAUCUGGUUGUAACCAGAAUAAGCGUCCAUGAAGGACAACAAUUUAUAGCCGCCCGAGUUGUCGACCAGUCUAUCAAUAUUAGGUAAAGGGUAGGCGUCUUUUGGACAUGCCCGGUUAACAUCAGUAUAAUCAACACACAUUCUCCAUUUUCCAUUAGAUUUUUUAACAAGUACAACGUUUGAGAGCCAAGUUGAAUACUUGGCCUCGGAAAUAAAAUUUGCCUCUAGGAGGUCUUUUACAGCUUUCUCGGCAGCCUCCGCUUUCUCGGGAGACUGCCGACGCCUACGUUGUACUACGGCCUUGGCGGUUGGAUUGAUGGAGAGGUGGUGGCAGGCGACCUCAGGGUCGAGUCCGGGCAUCUCUGCGGCGCUCCAGGCGAACAGGUCGGCAUUGGCUCGAAGGCAGGCUAUGAGUUGCUUCCUCGGCAGGUCAGGGAUGCCUUUGCCGAUCUUCACUGCUCUGUCGGCGUUGUCUCCCAGGGGGAUCAGCUCGAAAUCUCCGUCGGGGACAGGCCGGACGGGAUGGGGGGCCUUUGAUUGUGUCUCUUCCCCAGUCUUCAGUUCUUCUUGUGUGAACCUUGCAUCGAGGUCGACUGAGCUGACGUUGGCCGUUGGAACCUGAUCUUCCCGUGGGCGUUUGUCUUCGGCUCUUGGUUUUUUGUUGGAGCUGGUCGGAGGGGCGAUCAGCUCUAGUCCUUUGACGGAGGCAUCGAAGAUUCUCCUCGCAGCUUCAAUGUCGGCGUUGAUGGUGGCCACUUUCCCUGUCCUCGUGUAGAACUUCAUCUUCAGAUGGACCGUGGAGGGCACGGCGGUUAGCUCGACCAGUGUUGGGCGUCCGAUGAUGCAGUUGUACAAUGUUUUGCAGUCGAUCACCAAAAACCUGGUUUUGACUUGUCUGGACGCUUCCCCUUCCCCGAAGGUGACAAUCAGCUCGACGUAGCCCCAUGGUUUGGUAGUGGCUCCGUUAAAACCCUGGAGGUCGGAACCCACAUAGGGAGUGAGGUGCGAGUCGUCCAGCUGAAGUGUUCGGAAAAGGUGAGAGUACAUGAUGUCGACCGAACUACCUUCAUCCACCAGGACUCGUCGAACAUCGAAGUUUGCCAUUCUGGCUCGGACGAGGAGGGGGAUGGUGGCGUUUGGAGCUCCGCCGGGCAGUUCCUCGAGGUAGAAAGUGAUUGGCUCCGACUUUCCUCGGAAUUUCCGCAGAGUAGGGCCGAGGUCGGCAUUGGCGCUGAGUAGCUCGUCGAACUUUCUCUUGACUGAACUGACGGUGAGAGAGCCGGGGUCGCCGCCGUUGGAGAUGACCAUUGCGGUGGGGAAAUGUUCCCAGGUGCUGAGGGCGGUCAUCACGCCGAGUGAAGGGAUGAAGUCUUCCUGUCGGGUCACGGACAAUGCGACUUGAAGCGGUCUGCUGUCUGGUGAGUUCCCCCCGUCAGAGUUUCGAGGGAUGUCUCUUCUGGAGGGUUCUCCCUUCUUGGUGUAUUUUGCCAGGUGGCCCUCUUUGAUCAGGGUCUCUAUGGCAUCUUUGAGAUGUAUGCAUUCGUCGGUCAUGUGCCCGUGACUCUUGUGGUACUUGUAGUACUUGGACUUGUCCGUCCCCGGUCUUGUAGGAUUUGACUUCGGGGGCCUGAUGUUGGAUUUUUUGAACUCGGCGUUCUGGCAGUCGGCCAGGAUUCUCUCCCGGGAGGUGUUCAAAGGAGUGUAGUCGUUGAAACGCCCUGCCGGUCCUCGCCGUUCUUUGACAUCUCGGGACCUGUCGUCCCUUCUUUUGUCUUGUCCUCGGCGUGACCCUGGAUCCUCGAGGUUUGAGCUGCGAGCGGCAUUACUGCCCCUCGAGGCUUUGAUCGCGGCUGCCUCGGCUUCCUCAAAGUCGAUGAAUGUCUUUGCUUUGCGAAGGAGGGCAUUCAUCGAGUGCACCUCCUCAAUCUUGAUGGCCUUCUUGAAGUCACUGCCGGGGAGAAGUCCUCGCUCCAAGAUGUACCUCUUCAUGUAGUCGGCCGUCUGCACUUGGACGGCAUCCUUGUUGAAUCUUUCAAGGUAAUCCCGAAGAGGUUCGUUGGGUCCUUGUACCACGGCCUCGAGAUUGGCUUCCGAUUUCGGUUGUCGUCGGGAGGCUGUGAAGUGGCUCAAGAAGAGUUCUUUGAGCUCGGUCCAGGAGUGGAUGGAGUUCGGAGGGAGGUUCCUGUACCAAUUCAUCGCUCCCUUCCUGAGGGUGGUCGGGAAAAUGCGGCACUUGAUCGAGCCUCUGACGACGUGAUAGUCCAUGACCGCUUCGAUGCUCCGAAUAUGGUCGUCGGGGUCAGUGGUCCCGUCGUAUUGGUCCAAUACUGGCGGUUUUUCCAUCCCCCGAGGGAGGUGAGCUCUCCGGAUAUUGGCGGACAAGGGGCUGCGGAAGUCCUCCUCGUCGCUCGGUCCUGGUGAACGGUAGUGCCUGUUUCGUCGGGAAUCCUCUUGGUUGUCACCCAACGCAGCUUUGGAGGGGCCCCGAUGGCCCUGUUCGGGGGAGGGGUUUCUUUGUUCAGCGGCUUCAGGUUUCUGGUUCUUCCUGUUCUUUCUGGGUGGAGAACGAGAACGGGUCCUCCGGCGGCGAUGUCUUCUCGGGGGAGACCUUGAAGAGGAUGGAGAACGCCGACGGUAUCUUCUCGGCGGUGAGCGCGAGGAGGAAUAGGAGCGUGACCUGUAGUGCCUCCGCGGAGAGGGGCGACGUCGUCGCUGUCCUUCCAGUUCGUGAAUUCGGUCGUCCUGGAUUCUGAGGAGGCUAUUCGUCAAUUGUAUUUCCUUGAGCAAGCGGACGGUGAUGGGGUCAGUGUCCUCGGGAAUGUUGAGUGGUUCCUCUUCCUCUCCAUGACGGGCUCUCCGCCUCUCGGAGGUGUGGGUGAAUGAGGAAGCAUGUUUCCCGUCUCGGAGGUCGGUCUCAUUCACAUUCUGGGCAUGUUCCGGCCCGUUGGUCGUUCGGAUCUGCUCGCCGUUCUGAACGUGCCCCUCUGGAGGAACAUGGUCAACAUUCUGGACCUGUUGUAGGACCUGCAGCAGCUGAGUGUCCUGGGUUGUAUGCCCGGACCUUUGUCGCCGACGAUCCCCCCGACGAUGAUUAGCUAGCUCGCGGGAGGAUUCCUCGAUCAGUUCGUGAAGGAGGAAAGGGUCAGCGCUUGGGAUGUUGUUGUUGUUGUCAGCCAUGACGAUUGGAGAUGAUUAGCUUUGAUCUUUGUUUGUUAAAGAUGGGGAAGCAAGUUUCCCACAGACGGCGCCACUGAUCGUACCUGAUCAGAAGAAUCGUCGUAGGCUGCUCGGACUGGAUCUUCUAGGAAGGAGAAGGGGGGGUGUACCUGCAAGGUACUCCAACGCCUAAGUAAGUUGACGAGCAAAGGAGCGCAAGUACUAGCUAAGAGUGAGUAAGAAUUGAAUACCUGACCCUCUAAUCAAAGAGGGUAUAUAUAGCCCCCAGCGCUGGGCCAUGAUCUCGCUAUUAGGUUGGAUCCCCAAGCCCAACUAGGAGACUGCCAGGUUUCCUGAGCGGAAAUAUCGGAGGUGCGUGUAUGCCCUCUGUCCUGGUUAACCGCUCCGAAGUUCCAGGGAGACGCGGUCUUUCAGGAGCCACGUGGAAUCCGAGUUGUUCGGAGGGUUGAAUGUGAAGGAACCCUGCGCAGAGAAGAGUCCUCGGCAACGAAGGUGUUUGCGGGGUCGUCAGUGCCGAGCAUGUCGGGUGUCAUAUGCUCCGGGGAUAUAGGGCAGCCGAGCAUGUCUAAGGUGGGCAUCCUAAGUGCGUAGGAGGGCCGUAGAGGAACGUGGGCCUCUGAGGUUUAUUGGGCCGAAAAUCAUAGUGGGCCUAACCUUGGCCCAGUCCAGAACAGUAAUGAUUUAACAUUAAAAUGUAUUUAAAUAAUUUUCUUGAAAAUAAUAGUAAUAAUUUAACUGACUAUUCUAGAUUUCUUCAAACAGUGUACUAUUUUGUGGGUUUUAAAAAACAUGGACAUCUCUUUAAUUGUAAUAUGAUAUUACCAUUAAUUUCAGUUUUUGAUUUGUAUAUACAUUAGUAAUUUAUGAAUUAAAUAGUAUUAAAAUUAUUUUCUAAUAUGAA